GCAUUCAAAGCAGCAUUUGAAAAGGAGGGGAGAUGCAUAUCCUCUACUCACAUGCUAAAUAGCUUACAGAAGAGGAACAGCAAUGAACAAAUAAUUUCAGCCAUCAUAAACAGCACCUCCAAGACUGAUAUAGUUUUGUAUGUGGCAGGAGAUACAAGUAUCAGACCAUUACUAGAAGCCAAGGAAAAAUAUCUUGGAAAUGAAAGAGGAAAACGUCUUGUAUUUAUUGGAACCGAGAGUUGGGGGAAAACUGAAAAUUUCGUUAAAGGUCAUGAAAAAGCAGCCAAAGGCUCAAUAUCAGCAGGCCUGUAUGGAGAACCUGUCAAACAAUUUGAUGGGCAUUUGUCAAAGCUUAGAUUUGGCCAAACUUCUUCCCGCAGUGUUCUCACUGACUCAUACUUCAAAUCUCUGUUCAAUUGUGAUACCGACUGUUCGACAAACAUGAUUAUAACAGAAGCUCCAACCUAUAGCCAAG